AUGCCCAGCUUCAGCCCUUGCUGCUCCGAGUUUGGUUUCUGCGGCUCCGGCUCUCAAUUUUGUUUGGGAGGAUGCAACCCCCUUUGGAGCCAUAGCCCAACAUCUUGUGAACCGAACCCAAUUUGCAAGGAUGGAACAUAUACCUUCCCAGAUAGCUCUUUAUCAAAUAUUCUUUCGAAUGUGACCCUUUAUAAUGGGAACGCCAGCGCCCAUGAUUUCGUGCUCGAAAAAGGAAACAUUUUCAACACAAAUCAAAAUGGGGGCGAACUUGUUUUGACUCUCACUGAGGCAAACGGCGGAACCCGCAUUUCUUCUACCCGUUACGUUCACUAUGGAACCAUCAGCGCGUUGAUUCGUACCAGUAAAUGGGCUGGUGUAGUCACCGCAUUUAUCACCAUGAGUGAUGUAAAGGAUGAAAUCGAUUGGGAAUGGCCGGGCACACAGGUUACCGAAGCUCAAACGAAUUACUUCUGGUUGGGUCAUGCGGACUAUUCUGCUGGUCAUGGAACAACCGUCAAGGAUCUAAGCGACACAUACGUCAACUACCACAACUAUACUAUUGACUGGCAAGAGCAAGAGCUCAACUGGUUCAUCGAUGGCAAGGUGGUCCGCACGCUGAAGAAGGCUGAUACGCUUAACAAUGGUCGCUACGAGUACCCUUCCACUCCUUCCCGUGUUCAGCUCAGCUUGUGGCCUGCGGGUAUUAAUUCUAGUGCACCGGGAACUAUCGAGUGGGCCGGUGGCAUGAUUAACUGGCAAGACCCCGACUACAUUGCGGCCGGCCAGUUCUCUGCGAUCGUCAAGGAGGUUUCGGUAAAGUGUGCGCCCCUUACCGGUGUAACAAACGCCUCGGCGAUGACCUCGUACACUUACUCUGGCAACGAUUCGACUGGUGUCCCGGCCGUUCAAGUUACCAACCAAUCGACGCUCCUAGGUGGCGCUAUUCCCGGCGUCAGCGUCGGAUACAACUUCUGGCUUGGUGUAGGAGCAGGCAUGCUUUGCGCCGUUGCGGGGGUGUUCAGCACCGUGCUGUGA